AGCUAUAGUAUGCAUUUUAACACAAAUUAAACUUUAAUAGAAAAUUAAGAAGGAGACGGCGAAAAUGAGGAGAGGUUUGGUGAUGCGCAGCUUGAUGGUGGCUGCUGUUAUACUUUGCAAUCACCGGUCGGCUACGGCAGAAGAGGAGCAGCAAGUGGAAUUAGCAGAAGUGAGCAAGAGUAACACAUGGCCAUGGACACUAUCUGUACCCAGCGAGAAUAAUGAUGGUUGUCAUGAAAUCUUCAAAUGCAUGGUGUACCCAAAUAGAAGCUGCAUAACCGAAUGCUGCAAGUCAUACCCCUUCAGUCUUUACCCUACAAAAUUUUGCAUUUGCUGGUAUAGAGCCGAGCAUGUGAAUAAACGAUCUUUUACUGCUCUGCAACAAUAUUGUGGCUUCAAGCAGUAUGUUGUUUGUCCACGUAUGCAAAUCUUGCAGGAAAUCAACAUGCAGCAAGAGGUGUGUAUGGGUCAGAAUCCGACCCCACGAUAAUUAACGAGGCUAAUCCCGUUUUAAGUUAAUUCAUGAUUAAUCAGUGGCACGACCACUCAGAAUUGACGACGUUCAACCCGCCUCUGGCUCGGUCAACAAGGCCCUGGCCUAUCCGCCACUAUAGAGGCGAGAUCUCAACGUGGUCACGGCCACUUAUUGCCAGCUCACGAAGCCCACAGCUAUAAAUACCAAGAGAGGGGACCCUAGAA